UGACGAUGACCUUUGAACCGCGUUACCCAGAAAACACUGCGCUGUCGGCUUCAGUGGGUUAGAGUUGGCUGUUGUAUCGGUUCUACUUCUAAUCUUGGUUAAGAUGUUGUCAUACAUUUAGCUCAGUUAUUCUGAAAUGCGUUUCUAUCAGCACAUAUAAAGCAUUCAAGUUCUCAGUCAGUCGUUCUUUCUACCGUGGUGUGUGUAUGAGCGGCGUUGCCGACAAGAGAAAUCCCGUGCUGGAUUGUUGCGGAGGUCUGAAUAACGUGGAUUACAGUAAGGUCCCAGACGUGCUCAAUGGGAUUGAGAUCCGGGCUCUUCGCUGGCCAUGGCAGAACACUGACAUGCCUGUCUUGCAGGAAAUCACGCACAGAGUGGACAUGUCAGUAAUGGAGGAUGUUCUGAAGCACAUAGACGUCUAUGACCCCAGGUUCUGUGUUGCUGUCAUCGCCAUCAUCUUCAACCCUUUCUUCUGGAAUGUGGUGGCGCGUUGGGAGCAUCGUACGAGAGGUUUGACCAGACUGUUUGGGGGUCCCUAUCUGGCCUGCUACUGCCUAGGCACCCUCAUCAUCCUCCUCAAUGUCUACCGCAGCCACAGUAUGACAGUGGCGAUGAAGGCCCAGGCAAGGUGGGAGGUGAUGGCCAGCCCAGAGGUGUUCUACGCGGGGGCAGCUCUCAUGGCCCUGGGCUCUGUCUUGGUGGUCACCAGCUUCCUGGCUCUCGGAUUCACCGGGACCUUCCUGGGUGACUAUUUUGGGAUCCUGAUGGAAGAGAAAGUGAAAGGUUUCCCCUUCAAUGUAACUGAGAACCCUAUGUACUGGGGCAGCACUGCCAACUAUCUGGGACUCGCAUUCAUGAAUGCCAGUCCGGUGGGGUUGGUGCUGACAGCAGUGGUAGCCAUAUCAUACCAAGUGGCCAUCAUCUUUGAGGGACCUUUCACCGAGGAUAUCUAUCGACAGAGAGCACAGUGCUGCAAGCACAAAUAAAGAGGAAGGAUGAACUGUGUUUGUCCGAGGAUCAUACCUACAGAUCAGAGACUACCAGACUGACUACCAGGCCACACACCAUGUCAGCCUGCUACACAGAGCGCGAGAGGUGGGCUAGAGAGAGAGAGAGAAGGGAUGGAGGGUGUUUUUGUAUUCUGGCAAAGAUCAAGUAUACAGUCUUCCUCCUGGCCCAAUUCCAAGAUAUUCUACUUCUCUUUAUAAAAACUUUGAUCCCUGCUUGCAGUAUUUUAAUAGCAAGUCUUAACAAUGCAAGGGCUGGAUCAAUCGUUUUCAGCUUUUAAAUUGAAUGCUCUGUAGUUUUCAUAUUUCACACUAUUUAGUCAUGUAGUUUUUAUCUCAAAAGCCAAUGACAAUCAUUCCAUAAUAUAUUCUGCAUGGCUAUGUUUGCAGAGUCCCGUGUAUCUUAAUGAAACUGUAAAUACAGAUCUGAUCCCAUAA